UUGGCUUCACGUGAAACGUUCAAUGGAGUUGUAUGUAAAGCAGGGAGUGGUGUCGUCGAACUCCGCAAGAAAAUUUUCAAAAUAAUUUAUAUUUUCACCUAACAUUCAACGUUUCAGGCGUGAUAUUAUUUUGAUAAAUUUGAAAUUUCAACAAUUAGUUUAAAAAAUUGAUUUAAAAUAUAAUAAAGUAAUAUAAUUGAGUUUUAACUUUAAUCUUGAAUGAUGUCAAACAAUUUUGGAGAAGACGACUACUUGACGACCACAGGAGCUCCUCUGCCAGAUCGAGCAAACAAAUUCGAUGUCGGCGGGAUUGUAGGCCUCCCGCUGAUCAUCUUCGCUGCUACCAUAACGUUUCUGACAAUGCUUCUCUUCAUUUGCUGGUGCGUGCGAAGGCGUUACAUUCAAUUCAGGAGGUGGUGGGGGAACAGACCGGCCUACAUGAUGAAUCAUUACAGGUGGGUAGCAAGGAGCGAGGAUCCUCAAUGGCACAGUACAGACCCCGAUGAAGUUCGAUUCAGUGAUAAUCCUCACUAUGCGUCCCGACAGCAAUCAGUUGAACAGUUUCAGCCCCCACAUAGACUUUCGCAGGAAUCAAGAGGGAGUUCACUUCAAUCAAAGAACGUUCCAUUAGUGAAUGUGAACGAGGGUCAGAGUCAGAGAGCCAGGAGUGAAGGCGAAAUCGCUCCCCCGCCAAGAAGAAGCCCACGCCAUAACCAGGGCGACGAUGACGUGGUCCAAUCACUGCCACAGUUGGAUCAACUGUCCGCUCAACCAUGGGACUCAGAUUGGGGGCGGAAGCGAGACGUAGACACCUUCAGAGAGAGGCUGAUGAGAGAAGCCCGAGAGGUGAGAAGGAUGAACAUAUUGGAAAGAAACCAACUCCUUCGAAAAGAAAGUAGCCUUCAACUAUUCCAGCAACUCUCCGCCAAUUACUACCUCCGAUUUUAAACAAUUUUAUUUUAUCAAACUUUAUUAAGCAUUUUUUUGCAUUAUCGUAAAACUUUUAAAAGUUUAUUUUAAUUACUCGCAAAUUUACAUAAUACAAAAUUAAUUUGCAUUUGAUAUUUCUGUUUAUUUAUAAAAAUUUAUUUAAAAUUACUAUUAAUACAAUGAAUAGGUUAAUAGUUUAAUUAACUAUAAUGGUUUUAAAUUCAUUUAUUCACACAAGUUAUUUUAUAGUUUUAUGGUAUUACUUUUAUUUUAAGGCAGUUUCAAUGAAAUUUUCAAAUGUUUUAAUUAUUACAUUUGUAUUUUUUCUCUUGUUAGCAUUUAUCCGUUGAAACAUCAAUAAAUCACAAAGAUACCAUUCCUCUAAAUUGUUUUCAUUACGAACCAAUUUUAAAUGAUUCUUAGCUAUCUUAAAGUUAUACGUUUUCGCUUUUGGCUUUUUGAUUCAACAAA